CUUAACAAAAUGAUCUAAGGGUAACAACAAGAACAAAAACAAAACCCUCCCAUAAAUAGAAUGAAAAGAAGUUUAGCUUUUGCUCUUAUGUCCUGUAGGGCAGUACAGAUCAAUGAGGAAAAUAAGCCAGAUGGACAUGUCAGGAUUUUUCUUUCUUCACAAAUACUGAUCAGCAAUUUAAAAUUCGAAAGACUUCUCAACAGAGGCUGAGCUGAUGGACCCAUGGGUUUUCUAAAGGGCAAAUCAGAUGUUUGAAAGGCGAUCGAAGUUGUUUUGUUUGGGGGCGGGGAGCGUUUGCUUUGCCCCCCACGCUGGGAUUAUACAUAGAGCAAGCUCUGAGAAAAUGCGCCCAGCCUCCCCUUUUCAUUUCAUUGCCCUCGUCACUUUUGCCCUGGAACUAAAAUCCUCUACUUUACAUGAGUAGAAGAUAAGGGUAGGAAAAGGAGAGUCAAGUGUCUGAAUUGUGAGGCUGCCUAGGAGAAAACAGACUUUAGAAGUCAGGGUUUGUAACCCGGCAGGAGAAAUGGUUAGGAUGCCGGAGGAGGCCAAAGCCGGUUCCAAGAGCGACUCGGGGGAAUGCGCCCCAGGGCCCCCAGCCGUGCUUACUUAAGCUAAUGGAAGAGCUUGCCUUUCACCAAGCGCUGCACUGGGAUACCAGACAAACAGCUCCCCCUCGACCCCGGCAGACAGGGCCCCUCUUCAGGACAUCAUUAAAAGCACUUGUUUCAUACUGGUUGGCAGCGUCGGGUGGCAGGAUUCAGGACUCCGACUCAGAAGCCAAGGAGAAGCCAGGGAGGUGGAAAACAUCCUCGCUUUGAAAAGCCACAUCUCAAUUCAAGAACUGCGUGAGACAAGGAGCCUGAAGGAUAUGAGUUGGCCGCAGGGCGAGGAGAGACACAAAAGGCACAGCAGGUAAGAGCUGGGGGUCGUGGCCAAGAAGGAACUGUCCCAGGUGGCGCAGCGAAAUGGAUCUUGGACUUGGAGGCCUGUCUCUACGCGUCUUCCGGGCCUGGUCAGGCUGUCUCCUUCCAUCAGCUUCGAGAGGAGGGACGUCGCCACAGCCUUCCCAAUCGGAGCGACUAACCCUGUUACCAGUUUGGUCCUAAAUAUUAAGGUCCCCCGUCCCUUCGUGGUUGCCGUCGCAUCAGAUUCAGGGCUGUUAGGCAGCCGAUCCGCAGUCUCGCCUCCCCCUGCGAGAAACCGAUGAGACACAGGACCGAGAGGACUCCAUGGCGGCGUAUCGGGAGAGCUGCGUGGACGCCACGGUGCUGGACUUCGUCGCAGACCUGUCCCUCGCCUCCCCGGGGCACCCCCUCCUCUGCGACUUGGCUCCCGGGCUCCCCUUCGGGGACCGAGGCCUGGCGCUCCCGGAGGGACGACCCAGGGGCCUGGCGCCCUUCGAGGAGGAGGAUCCAGACGAAGAGGAAGGUGAAGCAGACGAGGGGGAGGAGGAGGAAGAGGAGCCCGGGAGGGGCGCCUCCCUGCUGGGCCGCCCCAAGAGGAAGCGGGUGAUCACCUAUGCCCAGCGCCAGGCCGCCAACAUCCGCGAGAGGAAGCGCAUGUUCAACCUCAACGAGGCUUUCGACCGGCUGCGGAGGAAGGUGCCCACUUUUGCCUACGAAAAGAGGCUGUCCCGGAUCGAGACCCUCCGCCUGGCCAUCGUCUACAUCUCCUUCAUGACGGAGCUCCUGGAGAGCUGCAAGGAGGAGGAAACCCGCUGA